AUGGCCUUCUCUUGCACAAUAAAACCAACCGAUUCAUUCGAAUGCGAGCAUGUGGAGAUACCAGAGCCAGAGAAGAGAGAUCUUCGGCGAGUCUGCGAUGACAUCUCACUGGAUAUUUUUCUCGUGGCCAUAGUGGAGUUGGCUGAGCGUUUUACGUAUCGUUCCAUCACAGCGCCAAUGCAAAACUACAUACAGCAUGGUCGUGAUGAUGUACUUCACCACGGUGCCCUUGGAUUGGGCCAAAAAGUAGCAACUGGGAUUAGUUACUUCUUUGUGGGAUGGUGCUACCUGGCGCCGAUCUUCGGGGCUGUUGUUGCGGACAGCUACCUAGGUCGAUUCAAGACCAUCUUCCUCGGGACGGGACUCUCCGUGUGCGGUGUCUCGGUUUUGUUCGUCACAUCGCUACCGCCAAGUCUCGAGCAUGGAGUUGGCUUACCAGGGUUAAUGCUUGCAUUGAUAUUGAUUGGAUUGGGAUGCGGUGAACGAGUCAAAACACUGCAAAGUGGAGAGAUGGUCAUUGUGGAUCCCAAUAUUACAGUUCAGACGGUCUAUGCACGAUACUACUGGGUCAUAAACAUUGGAGCUCUGUCGAUCAUCCCCGCUUCAUGGCUGGAGCUCAAGGUCGACUUCUGGGCAGCCUUUAUGAUGCCGCUCUGCCUGUGGUUAUUGGCCAUUGUCGCCUUAGUGGCUGGCCGUAAGAAAUAUGUGGUCCAGCAACCGCACGGCUCGGCCGUUACCAAGGCCAUUCGGGUGUUGUGGAUUAGCCUGAAGAACAACUGCAACAUGGAUGCAGCAAGGCCCUUCGCAAUGGAGGCCACUGGUGCGCAUGUAUGCUGGGACGACACGUUUGUGGAUGAAUUGAAACGAGCACUUGUUGCCUGUCGUGUGUUUCUGCUAUACCCCAUUUUCUGGUUAUGCAAUGGCCAGGCCAACAACAACCUCGUGAGUCAGGCAUCGUCUCUCAAGACAUACGGGAUGCCGCACGAUAUGAUGGGACUAUUCAACCCCCUCACCAUUCUGAUUGCAGUUCCCCUAUUUGAACGUCUCAUCAACCCUGCCCUCCGACGCUUCGGUAUCCCUUUCAAACCCAUAAGUCGCAUGACUACCGGCUUCGUCGCCAUAGCAUUUGCCAUUGCAAUUGCUGCUAUCAUCCAACAAUUAAUAUAUCAAUCACCACCGUCUCACGUUAGCAUCCUCCUCCAGGUCCCUGUCUACGCACUCAUAGGGCUCUCCGAGUUCUUCGCCAGUCUGUCAGGCAUGGAAUACGCUUACACCAAAGCUCCGAGAUCAAUGCGAAGCAUAGUCUCCGCUCUCUUCCUUCUGACCUGCACGAUCGGGUCAACGGUUGGAAUCACGCUGUCGUCUGUAUCCGUUGAUCCAAAGGUGCUGGUGGAGUAUGCGUGCCUCAGCAUCACCAUGUUUGCCACAGCUGUCGUGUUCUACUUUUGCUUCCGCAAAUACAACCAGAUGGAGGAGAGCAUGAACAUGAUCGGGGAGACAAGCAAGGAGGGAUCGAGGAAAUCGUCAGUAGAGGAUAUCCAUGAUUUGUGUCAGUUGGAAAAGCAGUGA